AUGUCGGACGGGACCCUGUUCAAGCCCGACAAGGACUUUACGAAAGAUGUCGACAAACAAAUUCCGGAAGCCCAGGAGAUUGCGAAGACGAACUUAACGGGGGCGAUUGACAAGCUACUGGCUCUCGAGAAGCAAGCUAGACAGGUGCGAUACUCUCGUCCGAUCUCCCUUCGACUUCUAGGCUUUUGGUUGCGGUUUUGCCCGCUAUGCAAGGAUGCUGGUUAUUGUCCCCUGUUGAACGAGCAAGUUGUUGCUCUAUCGGAGAAAACAUGGCCAGCUCAAACAGGCGACGACGAAAUGGUACAAGUGGCGAUGGGAUUCCUAGAUGAGACGCCAAAUAUGGAUGCCAAAAUGUCGUUGAUUGAAACUUUGAGAAAUGUCACGGAGGGAAAGAUCUUCGUCGAAGUCGAGAGAGCUCGCGUGACACGUAUUUUAUCAGAAAUCAAAAAGUCCCAAGGCGACAUCGUUGCUGCUGCAGACAUUCUAUGCGAACUUCAAGUGGAAACGUUCGGCUCAAUGGCUAGAAAAGAGAAAACAGAGUUUAUUCUCGAACAGGUUGCACUGUGCAUAGCUAGGGGGGAUUGGACACAGGCCAAAAUUCUCAGUCGCAAGAUUAACACAAGAUAUUUCGCGCGUAAACCCAAGAAGACGCCUGAAGAAAUCGAGAAGCAGAAAAAGGAAGAAGAAGAACGCGAACGUCAACGAAAGCCCGAUGAACCACCUCCAGAGAAGGAAGGGGAUGUGUCGGAGCUCAAGUUGCGAUAUUAUGAACAGCAAAUUAUCUUGGCAAACCAUGAGAAUGAAUAUCUGGAGGUUUGCAAGUACUACCGACAAGUGCUUGAUACAGAGUCUGUAGAAGAAAGUCCAAAUUAUCUUCGAGCGACCUUACAACGCAUCAUUUAUUAUGUUGUUUUAUCCCCUUAUGACAAUGAGCAGUCCGAUCUUCUCCACCGAAUCAAAGCUGACUCACGAAACUCUCUCGUUUCCGUUGAGGCUCAAUUGAUUAAACUAUUCACAACCGACGAGCUCAUGCGCUGGCCCAUGGUAGCCGAGCAAUUUGGCCCUCACCUCUGCAGCACCGAUGUGUUUGAUGCCCAACCGUGUCAGUCUAUGGAUGACAAGCCAUAUCGAAGAUGGCAAGACUUCCGCAAGCGAGUUAUUGAGCACAAUAUCCGCGUCAUUGCUAAAUAUUACACCCGCAUUGAGACUGACCGUUUGACCGAGCUCCUCGACCUUAACCAAGCGGAAACGGAGAAGUACAUUAGCGACUUGGUUACGUCAAAGACGAUCUAUGCCAGAAUCGAUCGACCAGCGAGAAUUGUAAGUUUCGCUAAACCACGAGAUGCAGACGAUGUUUUGAACGAGUGGAGCGGUAAUAUGCAGAGUUUGUUGGGAUUGCUGGAGCGCAUUGACCAUUUGAUCACCAAGGAGGAAAUGAUGGCUCGUAUCUUACCUUCAAAGUCAGGAAGGGCAAAGGCUCAUUGA